AUGUAUCAAUUUAUUCAAUUAUUGCUUCUUUUAUUAACGACUGUUAAAUCAAUAACAAGCCAACAACGACAAUGCCAACAGAUAACUUAUUAUGAAUGUAAAAGCAUCGGUUAUAAUCAAACUUAUUUACCGAAUAAAUUCAAUCAUCAAGACCAAAAGGAUGUGGCACUAGUAAUUAAUCAAUUUACAGCUUUAAUUGCUGUUGGAUGUUCAGCAGAACUUAGUUUUCUACUUUGUUCAAUAUAUAUGCCAUUAUGUCUUGCAAAUUAUUCUGAUCCAAUUCCACCAUGCCGAGAAGUUUGUGAACGUGUUCGUACACCAUGCGAACCAUUUUAUUCACGUUAUGGUUUUAUAUGGCCGGAUGCAUUAAAAUGUGAACAAUAUCCAUCAAGUGAAGAAAAAGCUAUUUGUAUGGAUCCGAAAAAGAACGAAAAUCGAUCCUUAUCGAAAACUCUACCGAGAUCACAGAAAAAAUGUUGUAAAUGUAAUACAUCAAUAGGUUAUCAUCUUAUUGAAGACUAUGAGGAUUCAACAUUAUCAAAAUGUCUUCCACCAUGUCGUUCAGUGUAUUUCUCUGAUAAACAAUCGAUAUCAAUUAUAAAUAUAUGGCUAGCCGUACUUAGUAUACUUUGUGCUCUAUCAUGCACAAUUGUUUUAUUGACAUUUUAUCUUGACAUGACAAGAUUUAAAUACCCUCAAAGACCAAUUAUAUUUUUAUCGUUAUGCUACUUUUUUGUAUCAUGUGGAUAUUUAAUACGUUUAAUACUCGGACAUGAAAAUGUUGCAUGUCAGUUAACUAACAAGAUCGAUUCAUUGACUUACACUCAACUUGUUCGAGUAUCUGGUCCAUCAAGUUGCACUUUUGUUUUUGUAUUAACUUAUUUCUUUGGUAUGGCAUCGUCUAUUUGGUGGGUUAUAUUAACUUUAACAUGGUUUCUUGCUGCUGGCUUUAAAUGGUCGUCAGAAGCUAUAUCUUAUUAUUCAAUAUAUUAUCAUCUUAUUGCAUGGCUAUUACCGUCUUUACAAACUGUUGUUAUAUUAAUGCGCAAAGGUAUUGAUGGCGAUCCUAUUGGUGGAAUAUGUUAUGUUGGACACACAGAUUCAUCAAUGUUACGAGGAUUUGUCUUGUUUCCAUUAGUAACAUUUUUAACUGUUGGUACAAUAUUUCUACUAGCUGGCUUAAUAAGUUUAAUGCGUAUUAGAAAUGUAAUUAAAGUUCAAGAUCGAAGUAAAACAAAUAAAUUAGAACAAUUAAUGGUUAAAAUUGGACUUUUUGCAAUACUUUAUACUGUACCAGCAACUUUUGUAAUUGGAAUUUAUUUUUAUGAAUUACGUUAUCGUUCAAUAUGGGAAGAUAAUUUACAUUGUAAUAAAUGUCCUCGUCUCUCAGUAGGAUUAUAUUCACCUUGGUCUAUGCAACCAAAUUUUAUGAUUUAUAUGGCAAAAUAUUUUUUCUUAUUAAUUGUUGGCAUAACAACUGGCUUAUGGAUUAAUUUUAAUAAUAAAACACUACGAACAUGGAAAAGUUUUUUUUGUUGUGAGCCUAUUGAUAAAAAUAUUCGUCAGAACUAUCGUCGUGCUCAGAAUCGCCAACGUUAUGAUAGUAGUCACAAUGGCCGCGACGCUUCCGGUAUAAAUUAUUCCUAUAAGCAUACGAAAAUAAAUGGAAGUAAAUAUUCGCUUCCAUCAUCGAAACAAGGCCCAUUAGCACAUGUGUAA